AUGAUAAGCCCAAUUGGCAUUCUUCCUACAUUUGGAUUUCAAUCUGGCGGAACGUUUGCCGUAAAAAUAAAAGCUCUUGAAAAUACAACUCGAACUUAUCAAUUUGCUUUCUUAACUUCGAAAGAACUCCGUGAUGUUCCACAAUGUGGUGCUCCUACCUUAUAUCCCCACUUCAUUUGGAAAUAUUCGACACAGGAAAAUUGGCUAAAUGGCACAAUAAAAGAUAAAGCUAUUUUAUAUCCAGUAAUGCGUGACUGCUAUCCAGGAGAUGCAGAAUUACGCGUCAAUAUUGAAGUAUAUUACAAGAAUCCAAACUCUUAUUUAGAUUAUCGUGAACAACCUUCUUUAAUCACAGGACCUAUCAUCCUUGGUGUUGCCUGCAGCGCAAUCCUCUUCUGGCUUAUUUAUAAUAUCAUCCGUAGGUGCAAAUUUGUUCCUCUUCACUACGCUUUCACCGUACUCUUUGUAUUGUUCGCCGUCCUUAUUCUUAUAGAGUACUUAUACCUUCAGCGUGUCAGCAAGUACGACGGAUCCCUUGUAAUGUCAAUUGCUUUUGAUGUCAUUGACGUAAUUUACUUAGCCUCUCUAUUUGGUACAAUCAUUAUGGUCGCAUCAGGAUGGUGCUUCAUCCAUACAGAUUUUUCAUUUACAGAUAUUCUUGUUGCUUACAUUGCUCCUGCUUUAUUAUUUGGAUUAGAGAACGGAGCUCACUACUCGAAUUCCAUUUGGCUAGCCAUUGUUAUUCUUGUUGGAGAGUUCGCUGCCAUCGCAUUCUGCGUCUAUGUCGCAAUAAAAAGAGUUGGAUAUGCCAAAAAAGUUAUUAUGGCCCAUAUGACAGUAAUCGAACACAGCGGAAUUGAUCCAUCGACAACACCAAUAUCAAAGAAGUUCAAAGUUUACACAAAUGUCUUUAAUACUGUUUUAAUUUCGAUCUUCAUUUACUUCCUCACUGUUUCUAUUGUUGUCGUUGUAAAUGGUGAGUACUGGAUAAGAGAUUUAGUGUCAGCUUUCCUUCAAAUUACGAUUUAUUCAGUUGUCGGCUACAAUUUCCGUCCUGUUCCCGAUGAAUACUCGUCAUUGUUCGACAGGAAUGAUAAUGAUGAUGACACGCAGAGAAUGGUUGUCGAACUUGAUGAUAUUGAUGACAAUAUUAUUUAUAAGAAGGGAGUUGGCAAAGAAUGGCACCCAGGAGAUAAACUUCCUAAGGAACCAAUCAUUGCUUCUAAGGAACCAAAGAAGCAACCACUUCUUGCGGGAUAUACUGAUGAGAAGAAACAAAAUCUCAUAUAA